AGGCGGGGUAUCAUUACAGAAAUUACGUCAAAGGUCGAUCUUUUGGAAAGGCUUCUGAGGAAUGAAGAAAUAAAAUAUUUUAUAGCAAGUAGAGCAUAAAAUACUUGAAAAUAAGAUGUAAAAGUGUUAGAUAAUCUUAAGAACAACGAAUAAGGGACAUCUUAGUACUAAAUGGCAAAUCCGAAUCGCCGUGUUCUUCUACGGUGCGUUUGCUAGUAUCAGAUGACGUCACUAUAUUUAGUAGCAGCCAGCCUGUAACACAAACAAUUUGAUAUUCUGAUCCUUGAUCAAUGUUAGACAAAUGUUAGACAAUUGCGGUUGCUGCGGAGCUGUGGACCAGACCAGCUGAGAUGGCAGACGUGGCCGGGCCGUCGGGCGCCUCGGACGCCGAGCUGACGCCCAAGCAGCGGAUGGCCGAGCGGAUGCGGCGCCUGCGCGAGCUGCACUCGCGGCGCACCGAGGCGCAGCAGCUCAACCACAAGGAGGUGGUGGAGGAGGACCGGCGGCAGAGCCAGCCCAAGAACUGGGAGCGCCGCCAGCAGUGGGCCGAACGCAAACUGGAGGAGGCUGAGCAGCGCGAGCUGGCCCAGAAACAGGGAGAGGAUUUCGACCGCAAACGCAAUUUGGACAUUUCCGCCGAGGAUGCAGCCAAGUGGGAACGUCGUAAGCGUAAGCAUCACAACCCGGACCCGGGCUUCUCCAACUACGAGGCUUCUACGGCCAGGCAGUACGACCGUCUGGUGAAGCAGGUGAAGCCCGACAUGGAGGCGUACGAGGCCAAGAAGGAGGCCAUGGGCGACGCGUUCUACGCCGGGCCCGGCGCCAUCGUGCACGGUCACCACAAGGACACCAAGGAGGCCAUCGACAGACUGGCCGAGGACGUCAACAAACAGAUUGAGAAGCGAGCCAAGUUCAGCCGUCGCCGCAUCCAUGACGACGAGGCCGACAUUGACUACAUCAACGAGCGCAACAUGAAGUUCAACAAGAAGCUGGAGCGCUUCUACGGCCAAUAUACGCAGGAGAUCAAGCAAAACCUGGAGCGCGGCACGGCCGUGUGAACGAUCCGUGCCGUGGGCGCGUCCAGUGAGUGUGACCCAUGGCGCGAGAAUGUUCAGUGUGGUUGCGUGUGAUGAAGCGUGCGCGUCCGUCUGUAAGAUCUGUCACUAUUGCUAGUUGCCAUGCCAACGCAACGUUCGGUGGGGUGGCUAUUUUUUUUAACUGUUGAGUCGCUGAUUCACAGUGGUACAGAAGUGCCGGGUUUCAGAUAGGCGCUAGCUGUCACCAGUCUUGGUCCCGGAGAAUGGAAUCUGGCUGGGGAACAGCAGCAGCUGGUCGUUUUUUAUAACAGCCUGCUACGUCAUACAUUGGGGUAGCAGUUCGAACAGUCUCAGACCCGCCGGGGAUCAGAAGGGGGCCUAGCUUCCUAUAUGGGCUGUCGCCGUGCCGUGGUGGCAGGGCUGCCGUCGAGUAGCCAUCCAGCGGCUAUGGCCGGAGAUUGUCCCGGUUGAUUUCGCGUCCUCGGUGACAGUCCAGCUCGCUUAGUGCUGAGGCGGGAGGGUGGCCGAUGUGGGGUCCCUCCUGGACGGCUCCAAUUAUCACUGGUGGUUGACUAUGUGGACUCUCGCCCGGCGGCGCAGAGCUACUACGAGUCGCUUUUAGAUAGGCUAACGGGUUGUGUGACCAAAGCACCCGUUGUCGGCGCGUGACGAAGCGUAUGUGUUCUGCUAGCUGAUGUCAUCAAACGGCCUGCGUCAAUGCUAAAGCAACAACGUAGUUCCAGAGGCACUCAAGCAACACCGGUUUGCAUUCUGUUGCAGCAUGCGUCGCGGUUGGAAUCCAUUUUACGUGGUACAAAGAUGUACGAUCACAAUAAAGUGGGGUGACGUAA